UCAACAGAAAGGGGCAAAUUCAGAGAUGGAUCUAGGCACUAAUUGUUGGAGGGAAGUAGAGGAGCUUUGGUUCGUUGGCAAGCAACUGGGUUUAGUGAGUAGCAACAACGCAGAGGACAUCAUUCGAAGGCUCGUAAAGAUGGAAAAAAGGGAUAGAGCUGAAUUGGCCAACCAAAAAUUGGCGGAGGCAGCUAAGAAGGGAAAGGAAGAAUCUAAGCUCGAGGUAUGUGAUGAAAGAGUACUGAAAGCUAUAUGGGGUGGUGAUAACUUCAAAUGGGUGGCGAAACCGACCCAAGGGAGAUCUGGAGGUAUCAUUUGCAUAUGGUGUCUAGGUAUGUUUGAAGUAAAUAAAGAAUUGUUAGGAAGUAGUUUCUGUGGUGUGUUUGGGUUUUGGGGUAAGGAGAAAAUUCCCUGUUAUUUCAUAAAUGUGUAUGCUCCAUGUGAUAACCAAGGCAAACAUGUUCUACGAAGAGAAUUGAUAGAUUUAAUGACAACAUGUGGGGAAGGAAAUUGGUGCAUUGCUGGUGAUUUCAAUGCAGUUCGAAGUAGAGAUGAAAAGAAAGGAAGAUGUUUUGAUGAGGGUGCAAUGAGGGAGUUCAGUAACUUUAUAUGUGAAGCAGGGCUUGAAGAUAUGCCAUUGAUAGGAAGAAAGUUUACCUGGUACAAGGCAGAUGGCACAGUAAUGAGUAGACUUGAUAGAUUCCUGGUGUCAAUAGAAUUGUUGAUUAAUUUCCCAGAGCUCACUCAAAAAGGCCUUAUGAGAGAUCUUUCGGAUCAUAGUCCAAUUAUGUUAGAGAAAUGGAACAACUACAGUAUUAAUGGAUGGGGUGGGUUCAGAUUAAAGGAGAAAUUGAAAAGGUUGAAGAAUGAUCUCAAGAAGUGGAACAGGGAGGAAGUUUGGGAAUGGAGUAGAGCUCGUGAUAGUAUUUUGUUUCAAAAGUCAAGACAGAAAUGGCUACAAGAAGGAGAUGCCAACAGUAAGUACUUCCAUGGCUGCAUCAUUCGAAGGAGGAAACUGAACGGCUUAAAUGGGAUCAAAAAGAACAAUGAAUGGAUUGAGGACGUCCCUGAGGUAAAAGGCUUCAUCAAGGAGUAUUUCAAGUGCAAGUUUGAUGAGGAGGAAUGCGAUAGACCAGAUAUAGAAUUGAAGAAUCUCAACCAAUUAUGUAUAGAGGAAAACAACAGAUUGAUCUCAGAAUUUUCGAAAAAAGAAAUCUAUGAGGCGAUUCAAUGCUGCAAUGGGAAUAAAAGACCAGGUCCAGAUGGUUUUAAUUUUACAUUCAUCAAGAAAAUGUGGCCAAUCCUAAAAGAAGACAUUGUUGCCUUCGCCAAAGAGUUUUGGGCGAAUGGAAAACUUGUAAAAGGAAGUAACGCGUCCUUCAUAGUACUAAUUCCGAAAAAGGAGAAUCCUCAAGGACUUGGAGAAUUCAGGCCCAUCUCCCUCAUUGGGUGUAGGUACAAGAUUAUCUCCAAGAUUUUGGCUAAUAGGUUGAGCAAAGUGUUGCCAUCAAUCAUAAAUUUGAAUCAAUCUGCAUUCAUUGGAGGAAGACAAAUUGUUGAUGGGAUUGUGAUUGCAAAUGAAAAUGAUGGAAAAGUUUGGCUUCUACAGAAAUGGAGGAUGUGGAUUAGAGAAUGUUUAUCUACUGCAAUUGUUUCAGUGUUAGUGAAUGGCAACCCCACAGAAGAGUUUCACAUGAAGAAGGGGCUACGACAAGGUGAUCCUCUAGCCCCAUUCUUAUUUCUGCUUGUCGCUGAUGCUUUGAAUGGGUUAAUUCUUAAAGCAAAGGAGGAGAAUCUAUACAAAGCAUCGGAACAAAAUGUCCAAACUAUCAAGUGUGUGUUGCGAUGCUUUGAGUUAAUAUCAAGCCUAAAGGUGAAUUAUUUCAAAAGUGCAUUGUAUGGAAUCAGUGUGGAGACUCAAAAGGUCAAUGAGUGGGCUGAAAAACUGAAUUGUGUAGGAGGUGUGAUGCCAUUUAAGUAUCUGGGAAUCCCAAUGAGCGCUAACCCGAGGAGGAUAUCAACUUGGAUGCCUGUUGUUGAUUGCUUAAGAAGGAAAUUGUCAAGCUGGAAAUGUGAAUCGCUAUCCUUUGGUGGAAGAAUUAUUCUCUUGAAUGUUGUCCUAUCAAGUAUCCCAGUUUAUUUCUUCUCAACCCUAAGAGCCCUUAAAAAGGUUUGUAAAAGUAGGAAAAUGGGAGGGCUAGGUGUCAAGGACCUUAAUAGUUUCAACUUGGCAUUGCUAGGAAAAUGGCGUUGGAGACUACUAGGGGAGAGGGAUGCUUUAUGGAAUAGGGUAGUGGAAGCCAAGUAUCAUGUACCUAAAAAAAGAGGUUAUGAGGGUGAGGUUGUGAAAGCAAGUAGUUCCGAGUGGUGGAAGGCAAUAUGGAGAGUAGAUAGGGAGACAGUGUCCAAAGAAGGAUGGAUACAAAUGGGUCUUGAAAAGGUCCUAGGGGAAGGCAAUGACACUUCAUUUUGGUUAGAGAAUUGGUGUGGGGAGGUCUCCUUUAAGGAGAAAUUCAACAGGCUAUUUAGAUUGGCUGAAAAUAAGGACAAGGAACUUAUUGCAUUGCUAAGGGAGAUUAAAUUAAAACAAGGACAGCCGGACCAAUGGAGAUGGAAACAUGAUCCAAAAGGAAUUUACUCUACCAAGUCAGCUUAUAACAUACUGAACACCAACACAAGCAACCAGAGUUUGUCGCACUUCAAAUUGCUGUGGAAUAACAAGGUACCAUUAAAAGUUUCAGCAUUUGCAUGGAAAGCCCUCCAUAACAAAAUACCUACAGACAUAACCCGGAAACUACUAGCCAUCUCUUUUUUACAUGCGACACGAGCUGGAGAAUUUGGCAAUCGUGCUAGAGUGGUGGGACCUUCAAUCCGCUUCAACAAAUGUGGGAUGGAGCCAUUUAUAGCAGCAUGUGGGCAUGAUCUCCAAAGGGCUAAACUUGGUAGUGAACUGUUAAAGGAAAGAUGGAUGCAGGACCCUAUGAAAGCAUGCAAUACUACUGAGGUUAACUAAAAUAGGGCACUGAGCUAGGCUAGGUAUGAGAGAAUUUGAACUGUAAGGCAAUAUAUGUAUUGAUGUAAUCGGUUAGAGUACCCCUUGUACUCCUUAAUAAAAACUUCUUUUGCUG